CUGCCUCGUGUCAUCUCCAGGGGGGCUUUCUCUGUGGUCCGACGCUGUGUCAAGCUCUGUACCGGCCAUGAAUAUGCAGCCAAGAUCAUUAAUACCAAGAAGCUGUCAGCCAGAGAUCACCAGAAACUGGAGAGAGAAGCUCGGAUCUGCCGCCUGCUGAAGCAUUCCAACAUUGUACGCCUCCACGACAGCAUCUCUGAAGAAGGCUUCCACUACCUGGUCUUCGAUCUGGUCACUGGUGGGGAACUCUUUGAGGACAUCGUGGCACGAGAGUACUACAGUGAAGCAGAUGCCAGUCACUGCAUCCAGCAGAUCCUGGAGGCUGUUCUCCAUUGUCACCAAAUGGGGGUCGUCCACAGAGACCUCAAGCCUGAGAACCUGCUUCUGGCCAGCAAAUGCAAAGGGGCCGCAGUGAAACUGGCAGACUUCGGCCUGGCCAUCGAGGUGCAGGGAGACCAGCAGGCGUGGUUUGGAUUUGCGGGAACGCCGGGCUACCUGUCCCCCGAGGUCCUUCGGAAGGAGGCGUACGGCAAGCCUGUGGACAUCUGGGCAUGUGGGGUGAUCCUGUACAUCCUGCUGGUGGGCUACCCACCUUUCUGGGAUGAGGACCAGCACAAGCUAUACCAGCAGAUCAAGGCUGGGGCCUAUGACUUCCCAUCCCCUGAGUGGGACACCGUUACUCCUGAAGCCAAAAACCUCAUCAACCAGAUGUUGACCAUCAACCCUGCCAAACGCAUUACGGCCCAUGAGGCCCUGAAGCAUCCAUGGGUCUGCCAACGCUCCACGGUGGCCUCUAUGAUGCACAGACAGGAGACUGUGGAAUGCCUGAAGAAGUUCAAUGCCAGGAGGAAGCUCAAGGGAGCCAUCCUCACCACUAUGUUGGCCACACGGAAUUUCUCAGUGGGCAGACAGACCACCGCUCCGGCCACAAUGUCCACCGCGGCCUCCGGCACCACCAUGGGGCUGGUGGAACAAGCCAAGAGUUUACUCAACAAGAAAGCAGAUGGAGUCAAGCCACAGACAAACAGCACCAAAAACAGCUCGGCCAUCACCAGCCCCAAAGGAUCCCUCCCUCCUGCCGCCCUGGAGCCUCAAACCACCGUUAUCCAUAACCCAGUGGACGGGAUUAAGGAGUCUUCCGACAGCACCAACACAACCAUAGAGGAUGAAGAUGCCAAAGCCCCCAGGGUCCCUGAUGUCCUGAGCUUGGUGAGGAGGGGCUCAGGAGCCCCAGAAGCCGAGGGCCCCCUGUCCUGCCCAUCUCCAGUUCCCAUUAGCCCCCUUCCAGCCCCGUCCCCCAGGAUCUCUGACAUCCUGAACUCGGUGAGAAGGGGCUGUGGAACCCCAGAAGCCGAGGGACCCCUAUCAGUGGGGCCCCCACCCUGCUUGUCUCCGGGUCUCCUAGGCCCCCUGCCCACCCCGUCCCCCAGGAUCUCUGACAUCCUGAACUCAGUGAGGCGGGGCUCAGGGACCCCAGAAGCUGAGGGCCUCCCACCAGUGGGCCCCCCACCCUGCCCAUCUCCGACUCUCCCUGGCCCCUUACCCACCCCAUCCCGGAAGCAGGAAAUCAUCAAGACCACAGAGCAGCUCAUCGAGGCAGUCAACAACGGCGACUUUGAGGCCUAUGCGAAAAUCUGUGACCCAGGCCUGACCUCAUUUGAGCCUGAAGCUCUGGGCAACCUAGUCGAAGGGAUGGAUUUCCACAGAUUCUACUUUGAGAACCUGCUGGCCAAGAACAGCAAGCCGAUCCACACCACCAUCCUGAACCCGCACGUGCACGUCAUUGGUGAGGAUGCAGCCUGCAUCGCCUACAUCCGCCUCACACAGUACAUCGAUGGCCAGGGCCGGCCCCGUACCAGCCAGUCCGAGGAGACCCGCGUGUGGCACCGCCGCGAUGGCAAGUGGCAGAACGUACAUUUCCACUGCUCGGGCGCUCCAGUGGCCCCACUGCAGUGAGAGCUGCGCCUGGUUUCGCCGGACAGAGUUGGUGUUUGGAGCCCAGCCGCCCUCGGGCGCACGGCCUGCCUGUCGCAUGUUUGUGUCUGCCUCGUCCCCUCCCCUGGUGCCUGUGUCUGCAGAAAAACAAGACCAGAUGUGAUUUGUUUUUAAAAAUAAGAUGAUGACAACAACAACCACACGCAAAAAAAAAAAAAAAGGAAAAAAAAAAGAAAAAAGAAAAAAAGAAAAAAAUUGGCAUCGGAUGAAAUGGAAAAAAAAAACGAAAGAAAGGAAAAAGCUGUAAAAAUCUGGCAUUUGUGGGGCCACCCCCCCACCCAAGCUCCACAUGUGUCUGUUGCGCUCCUGGCUUUGGGGACCCUCAGGGCGUGAAUGUGCCCGUGCUGACCGUGUUAGUCUGUAGGUACCGCACUCACCCCACCUUGGGCGUCUGCAUCCUCCCUCCCAUGCAUGGGCCCCACAUGCUAACCUGGCUGUCGUGGUGUCAGGUGUCUUGGGAAGGGCUGGGGGCUGCCUCCUUUCCUGCUAGUUGUGCCUGAGAGUCGCUGCUGUCCCUGCUUUCCCUGCCGUCCCUCAUCCUGUGCAGGGCUGGGUGGGUGCCUUCUAGCCAAGGACCUACCUUUGCCCCAUGGAGUGUGUGGAAGAAGCUUGUCCUUGAGCUCAUCAGACAAGAGCUUGGGCUCUCAGCUCUAGUUCUUCAGGGAGUGCCUGGCAAGGGUUGGUGGAGAAAGCACCUAGCUGUGAAGAGAGGACUGGACCAGAGGAUGGCUCCUUCCUGUUUGGGGCACUUGUCCCUUCCCUGCCACCAGCAGCAGAGCAACAGUGGCCCACCCCUGGCCUGGACAGUUCCUUCUGUGAAGCUGGCAGCAGACCCACCAAGGACUGAGGACCUGAAAUACUGGAUGGAUGCUGGGAGUAGGCCUUACUGUAUCUGGGAUGUUUGCUCACUGAGCUUGGGGUCUGGGUGCUCGAGUCUUGGUCGAAUGAUGCAGAGUGUGGUGAAGAAGGGCCAGACGAUGGGUUUUAGGCUCCGGGCAAUGCAGGGCCACACAGGCCCUGUUUGAUGAAGUAGGCGUGCUUUCCUAACCUGGGCCUGGAGCGGAAGUCAGAGCGUGAGCCAUCCAGGGGCACAUGGAAGGAUAAAACUGGUUAGGACUGUGUCGUGUGAGGCCCUUCCAGGUGGGCCAGAAACAGUCUAGAGAGAAGGCAGGCUGGAGGUAGAGACUUAUGGGUGUGGGCCUGGAUAGUAGUGGGUGGAAGGUCCAUUAGGGUGGUGUGCCACCUCCUGGGCCUAGUGGUGCUCCUACGUACUGACUGCUUCUUGUGGUUGGCCCUGGCCCUUGGUGAGAGAAGGAGUCACGAGGAGGCUGGCAACAUUGCAGAGUCAGGCUAGGGAGAACGGUGUGAAGCCGGGUUGGGUGGGGGUGGUCAGGAGCUUUGAUUGCAGAAGUCCAAGGGCCUCCACCCAGUGCUGCCCACUUUAAAUUCACAUCAUUUUCAACCAGGAUUUUCUUUAUCUUCUACAAAUCAAGUCAGGGGAGGGGCAUGAAGUGGGAACGGGACACAGGAUCCUAAACUCCAAGGGGACUGUCCACCUACAGACACUCAGUGGAUACCACCUUUCAUCCACACUGUGCCCAGGACAGCUGUCUCCUACCCAUGGACACAGGGUAAACAUCUGCCAGGCUCCACUUGAGUGGCCCAAGGCCAUGGAGUGGCAGGGCUUGCCACGAACAGUGUGAGGCCCUGUGACCAGCCACCCUGGCAUCCUGGGGUCUCCUUCCCUCUCCUCACCCUCCUUGUUAUCUCCACAAAGCUGCCUGUCUGGGAUAAUUUGGGGAUUUUUUUUUUUUUCUGGGGGACAAUUCUUUUGCAUGACCCUCUAAAGAGCAGGUCACUCCUGCUCCGCUGGCUAGGUGUUCGCGGGUGGUGGCGUCGGCCGCUGGCCAGUGCUGCAGCGUGUUGCUGCCUGCAGUACUGGCGGCCCCUCCCUCUUCUCUUUUUGCUGAGUUCCAUUGUCUUUUCUUUCUGAGCCUUGUAGGUGUACAAAACUUAUUAUUUUGUUCUGUCUCGGGAAACUGCAAAUAAAAAAAAAAAAAGGACAACUUGCUUCAA